CGCUAGAGAUGGGCUGGAGUGCCAGCUCAUCCGAGGCGUAGAUCGCGCGGCAAGAAAGCCAAUCAGACGACGUGUUUGAAAGGGUGAUUGCUCGGUGGAUAGGCACGAGACACGGACUAUGGAGUGCUACUCGUUCGAUUUAUCAUGAAAGCUUGUAUACUGAUACGGACAUGUUCGCUACUGUGCUGCGUGUGUCCUCUCUCAUGAAGCUAGUGCCUUCGUCUCGGGACAGUCAACAAAUAAUGGACGCGUUCGAGGAAGCGAGAACGGGAGUCUAGACGAAGCCGCCGUCUUCAGUCGAUGCUUAGAGGGAGAGCCGAAGACAGAAAUGAGGAUCGCAUCCCAAGCGUUUGUUUUAGUUCCAGGGCUCUGAUGGUUUUGCGAAGGUAUGCCGCCAAUAUCUUAAACUACGUCAAGAUUAGUCGAUUUGCAAGCAUUCAAUGCUGUCCUGAUCAUGGACUCGAGCUUUCAACACCUGCGAUAUUUGGUGAUGCGUUGACAAUCAUCCCUCAACAGCGGUACGCAUGCACAUAUCCAGUCCAGUGCCGCAGCAAACCCACUUUUGCAUUGCCCAUUCGCCCAUUCGAAAAGCUUACAUGCCAAAAGGGGGUAAAAGAUCAUAGCGAAACAGUACCGUACGCGCCAAAACUCCCCUUUCCUUUUGCCGAAAGCCGAAGGGAAAAGAGAAAUUCUAAUCGUACAUGUGGAGUUUUGACUCGUUUUCAUCCCUUUUGCAAAGAGAAAGAAACAAAAUCAGAAUCAGAGAAGAAAAGAAGAGUUGGACGAAUUUUUUCUUGUUUCCUAUCAGGUAUUGGUGUGAGAAGAUGCUCAACUAAUUCAAAAUCCGCUUAAGAUUUCCCCACUCUCAAUCCAUCAAGUGAAAGUUUGUGUUCGUGAUUAAAGUAUCCCAAUCCUUUCCCAGACCUACCGGGGCCAUCCCGAAAGUUUAGUUUUUAUUCCCCCGAAAUGCAAUGAGACAAGACGUGAGAAGGAAAACCCGCCGA